AUGGCCACUCCUCGCCGUCGCUCAGCUCGAUUGAGCAAGGCGGCACAACAACAGCAUCCCUCUCCUCGCAAGGGGAUUUCCACCGCGCAGCUUGAAUCUCUGGUAGAGAGAGAUGAAACUCCAGAAGUCGGCGAGCCACAAUCCAUCGCCAAUGUGCUUGCAACCCCGGCGUCGUCGGCCAUGAUCAAGUCACAUCUGUCCAAACUGUCUGGUCUGAAGACCCCUCGGACGGAACCGCAAGCCGAUCGCGGUGAAAUGCACCCUCAACUCCUUCACCAGACAACCACCAAAGCACCGGAUUCCGGCCUCAAGAUGGGGUUUGUCGAUGUGCCUGCCCAUCCUCCUCGUUCCAUCGCAAGUGCCCAGAAUACCCCGUCAAAAGCCCGUCUGAACACCCCUGCAAACCUGUCUUCUACUGCGUUCGACUUCGAUUUCGGCUCUGAAUCUCAGCUGAGCAGUGAGGCACAAAAGCUCAUGGACAAUGUUCGAGAAGAGGCGGCAAGAAUCAAGGCUCAGAUGCGCAUGGAGAGAGAAGUCCAGAAGAAAAAAGAUGCAGAGGCUGAAGAUAUCUUCAGCAGCACCAAUGCCGCUGGAAGGAAAAUCGCGAAACCGAAGGGGAAAGCAGGAAGAUUCAGCGACAUCCAUAUGGCUCAAUUCAAGAAGAUGGACUCAAUAGCCAAUCACCCAUCAGCUUUCAGAGCGAAGCCAGGCUUUGCCCAGCCUACAGCUCAAUCACUGAAGAGAAGCGGUUCCAAGGCCGGUCUCGACGAAGCCGAUCGACCUCGAACUGCUGGGAAGGGCACUCCUGGUCGAAAGCCACCUCCUUUCCUUGGUCGGCCCACCUCUAUCAGUCCUUUCAAGUCCAUUCCGGCGCAACAGGAGCGCGUCGAGUCCACCGCGCCUGCCAAACGUGCUCGACGCUCCGAACUCCAUGACGUAUCUGCCAGUCGACCAUUGGACCAGCCCUUGUCAGCCCGCCCUUCGACUUUACCACGGCCUGUCUCAAGCAACCUUCUAUCGCCUACCAAAGCUUCUAUGGCUAGAGCGACAACAAGUCAGAUUCCAAUUGCCACGCCCAACAAAGUGGCUAAACUUACCCGCACCACUUCAGCGAAGUCCCUGCGAGCCACAUCAACUGCACUAAAUAAUAGACCUUCUACCUCGUAUGGAGAAUGCGGCACUAAAUCUUCGUCCGGGCUGCAACAAAAGGAAACCUUACAGGCUCAAAGACCUCUUCCUCCACUGCCACGCGAGGCGCGUUCAUCAUCAGCUCUCAACAAUGAGUCGCUAUCAAAGCCAGUCACCGAGAAUGCCGCGACAACCAGUGGCCCAAGCUUUUCUUCCAGACUUCCAAAAUUCUCCAGUCUGAAAUCCAUUCUCCGAUCUGGACGCAAGACCGAUAUUGGACCGUUGAUCGAGGAGAGGCAAGCAACACCUAAGCGUCCUAACACUGCGACAUCCACGAAUGGCUCCCUCAAGAAAGUUGAUUUCACUCCUAGUGUCAAGUCUAGGUAUGCUGUCAAAUUGGCCGCUGGAAGUCCUAGUCCGGCUAAAUUGCCGCAACUCAGCCCGGGGAAGCCGAUUGCACCAGUCGUGCCCUAUGACCCGGCUGCUUACACUGUCGAAGACGACGGUGCUUGGGAGGAUGCAUCAAGUGAAAUUGAGUACCCUGCGUUACCAGAUCCAUCCUCGAGCCCAGCUGCCCUUUCCAAGGUCGACAAUGCGUUUGCUGAAAAGGCCAAGGAACAUAACCGGCGCGAGUCAAAAGAGUUCAAGUCCAUAUUUACAACUUUGCAUCACCCUUCGCGUUCUAGUGUCCCUUCGACCCUGACGUCUGUAAACACUAUAGUCAACAAGGCUGAUCCGACCCCUCAUGCCCACAAGAUUGCUAGGUCUCCUAGCAAUAUGAGCUUCUUAAACCCUUCCCCGUCCACCAUCCGUCGGGUCCGUUCUUCCGGUGUUACAGAUGUUAUCCAACCAUUCGAAGAUGCGGACGUCAAGACCGUACCACACGGGUUGCCGGGCAAGAAGCGUCGACGAGCUAUGUCUGAUGAUCACCAGAGUACGGAUGAAGAAGACGGCAAAGAGAACCGGCGUGUGUCAGUUAUGCCCAGUCUCCCUGGCGGCUGGCACGACAGCUCUCGAUUCGGCGACGAACAUAAACAAGAGCAAGACGAAGGCGAGAAGCGAGGUGGAAAGCGGGCACGGACCGCGCCGGCAACAGGAGACUUAUCGGACAGAACGGCGAUGGGAUUGACGGCGAGUCCGGUGAAGAAACCAAGACAAAGUUCUGCGCGUGAGAUGGCGAAGCAGAACGCAAAAGAUCGCAAGACUGGUCGAGGGAUUUUGAGUCUCAGCCGCUUGAACAUGCUUGCUCGGCCUAAGCAGAGAGGUUGA